AUGGCUGAGCUGAAGGUCCUCUACCCUGCUCCUGUAAAUAACCAUCUUGUUAACAGAGACCUCGAGUGGACUGUCCAUCAUGAACUAAGUUAUUAUUCAGUGUGCCCUGAUGAACAGAUGUUUUUAAUUGAUACAGAGCUUGAGGGACACGUUGAAGUAAACAAAUCAGCACUACGGGCAGCGCCUUUUCUCAACCACCAGUGGGAGGCUGAGGAGGAAGUUCUUGUAUGUCACGAUAUGGAGAUUAAACCCCAAUCUAAAUGCAUGGAAGAUGUCCACGGAUGUCUACAAGCACCAGAGACUAACUAUGACCACACUAGUGAUCUGCCCAAGGAUCUAUCAAUGCUUUCCGACAAUAAUCCAACUCCAGAUCCAGAGAAAUCUGUGGAUUACGGCUUUAUAAGUGCUGUUACGUUUUUGUUGACUGGGAUCACUUUGGUGGUCAUUUCUUACACCAUCCCUCAGGACAUAAAAGUGAACCCGGACAGUGUCUCAGCAAGGGAAAUGGAGCGGCUGAUGCGUGAAAAUGCACGAGUUAGUGCACACCUGGACAGAUGUGUGAUUGCAGGUUUGUGUCUCCUUACCUUAGGUGGCGUGCUGCUGUCCACCUUACUGAUGAUCUCCUUGUACAAGGGUGAGAUGGACAGGAGGCGGGCUUUUGCAUGUUCCAAACACUCAACCAAAUUUUAUGGGUCUGUUAAUUUUAACCAUGGUGUUCCAUCACAUUUGUCUGUAGACGAGGAUGAUACAUUCACAGAGGUAUCAAGCUGAAACAUGAAUUUCUGAUACUGAGCAUAAUUGAUAUAGUCUAGGUUAAAUGUAUGGUUUCCACCUAGUCUAAAUGACAUACAUAAAUG